UCCUCUUUCUUCUCUUCUCGUCAAGGUGAAUGUGACAGCAACCCAUGUGAGAACGGAUCGGCUUGUCGAGAUGGGGAAGGAACGUACAUAUGUGAAUGUCCAAUGGGCUAUGAUGGGCAGAACUGCGGACGUUUUACAGGUGCAAACUGCGGAUACAACAUCUUCGAAUCAACCGGAGUGAUCGAAUCUCCUAACUAUCCGGCUAAUUAUAAUAACCGAGCUGAUUGUUUGUACCUCGUCCGCAUCAAGGGUGCACGUAUCAUCACUUUUACAAUCGAAGACUUCAUGACUGAGGUCUUUAAAGAUGUUGUGGAGUAUGGUGUUGGACCUGUGGCUGAUUUUAACCAAGCUCUUGGAUCGUUCGAGGGUAACCUAUCAUCAACCAACCAGGUACCUGCCCCAUUCUCAGUGGCGAAUGAACAGGCUUGGUUUCUCUUUUCAACGGAUCGUAACAUCCCCCAGAAAGGAUUCAGAAUCACUUUUACAUCAGAUGGAGACGACUGUAGCCCUAAUCCGUGUCUGAAUGGAGCGACUUGUGUUGAUCAGGUCAAUGAUUAUGAGUGUAUCUGCCCGCCUGGGUUCACCGGUGAUAACUGCGAAACAGAUAUUGAUGAAUGUGCUAGCACACCUUGUCUUAACGGCGGUGAUUGUGUUGAUCAAGUCAAUGGAUACAUCUGUAAUUGUGUUCCUGGUUUCAAUGGAGUUAACUGCGAGAACAAUAUAAAUGAAUGCGCGAGCAGCCCUUGUCAGAAUGGAGGUACUUGUGUAGACGGUAUCAAUCAGUUUGCCUGCACCUGUCUGGCUGGAUACACCGGAACACUGUGCGAAACAGAAAUUGACGAAUGCGCAAGCAGCCCUUGUCAAAAUGGCGGAUCUUGCAACGAUUUCGUGAAUAGAUACACAUGUGACUGUCUAAGUGGGUUUACUGGGACCAACUGUGAAACAAAUAUCAACGAAUGUGCAAGUGGCCCUUGUCUUAAUGGAGGCUCCUGUGUGGACGGCGUCAAUGGUUACGUGUGCCAGUGUCUACCCAACUUUACAGGAACACACUGUGAGAUAUCAUUGGAUGCAUGCAUUAGCAUGCCGUGUCAGAACGGAGCAACGUGUAGAAACGCUGGUGGAGAAUAUGUUUGUGAAUGUCUACCCGGAUAUACAGGAAUUAAUUGUGAAAUCAAUAUCAAUGAAUGUGCCAGUCUUCCGUGUCAGAAUGGUGCACAGUGCAUCGAUGGUAUAGACAUGUACACCUGCCAGUGUCGCCAAGGAUACACUGGUGUCAAUUGCGAGGAAGUUGGAUUCUGUGACUUGGAGGGUAUUUGGUAUAACGAGUGUAAUGAUCAGAUUACCAUCGUCAAGACAUCAACAGGGAUGAUGCUAGGGGAUCAUGUCACCUAUAGCGAACGUGUCAUCGGUAUUGCAGCCCCUACUGUGGUGGUUGGUUACGCCAGUAACAACUAUGACUUCCCGUCGUUUGGCUUUACCGUUGUCCGUGAUAACGGUCAAACGACCACCAGCUGGACUGGUCAGUGUCAUCUAUGUGAUGGUCAAGAAGUGUUAUAUACUACAUGGAUAGAGAGUAGCAUGGUCAAUACUUGUGAAGACAUCAAGAGAGCUAACAAGGUCGGACAGGAUAAAUGGACGAGAUACGAGCAGAGCUUCGCCCCUCAACCCGAGAUAUAAAGAAAUAAUCCGGAAACUAGAACUAUGUGUGGGAAUAAAAUUAUGUUCCCGCAUUCGUUCUUUUUAAAUUUAAUUAAUUCUGAACUUUGUAAAUGUCUUAUAACUAAUGUCUUAUGUUGUUUUUAACACACAAGUGAUAUAUAUCAGAAAUGCAUCAAUAAUAAUUGUUCCCCGUUUUGUAUAUAUUUUGCUAAACAAUGGGAUUUAUCUCCUUGCAAAGCUGUAGGGAAAAACAUAAAUUAUGGAAUUUUCAAAAGAAUAAUGCAAUAACCUGCUGUCUAAUUUGGAAUAUAACCAAUUUUGAGCACCAGGAUUUUAA